UGAAUCAUUCCGCCGCACCUUCUGUGUAGAGACUGGAGAGCGACGUGGAGCAGGACAUAAGUGCGCUGCUGGUCAAAAGGGAGAUCCGCUCAUACGACGGUAGCAGUAGCCCUGAGUAUGGCGAUGUCUAUUCCUCCCGGGCUGAAGCCCGUGACGCAGUACGUGCGCCGGGCGGAGAGGCUAGACAAGGCUCCCGAGCCCGAGGCGCCGGUGGUCGCGUACCACUGCCGAAUGUACGCGACUGAACAGGCAAUGAAGCUGCAGGACAACUCCGAAGCAGGGAAGGCGUUCAUUAUGUCGAUGAUCGGACGUCUGGAGGAGGACAAGAAGAAGGGGAUGGCGCAAUUCUCCCGGGAAGAGGGCCAGAAAAUGACGAUGGAGUGGGCGAUGAGAGAGUUCAACGCGGCAGACGAGGAGGAUAGGGCUGGGCUCGCUGACCAGGGCACCGCGCGGACAUUUUACGCCGCUGGAGUGUUCUUCGACGUGCUUCGUCAGUUCGGUGCCCCCGACGAGGAGAUGGACCGCAGACGCAUCUACUGCAAGUGGAAGGCCUCGCAGAUCCUCAAGGCUCUCAAGGAGGGGAAGAUACCGACUCCCGGGGGGGCUGGGGAGGACGUCGUUACAGGAAUGCCUUCCGGCAACGAUGCAGCAGCACCGGCGCCGGCUCCGGAGGCAACGGAAAUUCCUUCUUCUAGCGGAGGCGGAGGCGGAGGCGGCAGCUUCGGCGGCGGCGGGUAUGGCGGUGGCACCGACGAAUCGAAGCAGAACGACCCCCUAGCCGGACUGAUCCCCGAAGCCCCCAAGGACAACCCUUUCCUCAGCCCCUCGCCCACCCACGAAGAAGAAGCAGCAGCGGCAGCCGUUGACGCCACGCCACCAGCUUCAUCACCUUACCACCAGCCUCAGCCGUACGGGGGCGGCGGCGGCCCAGGCCCGGAAGCCGCUGCAGCAGCGGGGUACCCGGGCGUGGCCGCCCCGUCCCCGUACGCAAGACCAGGGCCGCCGGCCCCCGAGCCCGCUCCGUACGUGGCGCCCGUGGCCCCAGCCCCCUCUCCCUACGCGGCGCCGGCACCGGCGCCUGCAGCGCCGCGGCCGAGGUACGAUCCGUCGACGCGGCCGAGGACGCCCGUGCCGUCCCCGGCCGGGCCGCGGAGAUCGGGCAGCGGCGGCGGCAGGGUGAUGGAGGGCAACAUGGCGGACGCGAUGGAGCACUGCAAGUUCGCCUUGCGGGCGCUGGAGAAGAAGGAUGUGGACCUCGCGGUGCAGAAACUGCACGAAGCCCUGCAGCAGCUCACAUAG